AUCCCGGUGCUUCUUCGUAGACGCAGCAGCCCUUCUCUGCGGCAGCCGCGCCACGCCAACAGGCGCAGUGCCGCAGGCUCGCCCGAGAGGCCGCUCGCUGUCUCAGCUGCCGCUGCCGCGGACCGCCCUGAGCGGACCGUGGGCUGCGCCGACGCCACCUCCGAUCCUGUACGGUUGUGGGCGCCUCGGCGCGCCCCGUGCUCCGCAAUCCUGCGGCGAGCGGCAUGGGAUAAUGCGGCCAUGGUGCGCCGAGACCGCUUGCGCAGGAUGAGGGAGUGGUGGGUCCAAGUGGGGCUACUGGCUGUGCCCCUGCUGGCUGCGUACCUGCACAUCCCGCCCCCUCAGCUCUCCCCGGCUCUGCACUCAUGGAAGACUUCCGGCAAGUUUUUCACCUACAAGGGACUUCGCAUCUUCUACCAAGACUCCGUUGGUGUGGUUGGAAGCCCUGAGAUAGUUGUGCUUUUACAUGGCUUUCCAACAUCCAGCUAUGAUUGGUACAAGAUCUGGGAAGGUCUGACCCUGAGGUUUCAUCGAGUGAUUGCCCUUGAUUUCUUAGGCUUUGGCUUCAGUGACAAACCGCGACCACAUCAGUAUUCCAUAUUUGAGCAAGCCAGCAUUGUGGAAUCCCUCCUUCGGCACCUGGGACUCCAAAACCGCAGAAUCAACCUGUUGUCUCAUGACUAUGGAGAUAUUGUUGCUCAGGAGCUGUUGUACAGGUACAAGCAGAAUCGAUCUGGCCGGCUUACCAUAAAGAGUCUCUGUCUGUCAAAUGGAGGUAUCUUUCCUGAGACUCACCGUCCUCUCCUUCUUCAAAAGCUCCUCAAAGAUGGAGGCGUGCUUUCACCUAUCCUCACAAGGCUCAUGAACUUCUUCGUGUUCUCUCGAGGCCUGACUCCAGUCUUCGGACCAUACACUCGACCCUCUGAGAGUGAGCUAUGGGACAUGUGGGCUGGAAUCCGCAACAAUGACGGGAACUUGGUCAUCGACAGUCUUUUACAGUAUAUCAAUCAAAGAAAGAAAUUCAGAAGACGCUGGGUGGGAGCACUUGCUUCUGUGACCAUCCCUAUUCAUUUUAUCUAUGGGCCAUUGGAUCCUAUAAAUCCCUAUCCAGAAUUUCUGGAGCUGUACAGGAAAACGCUGCCGCGGUCCACAGUGUCGAUUCUGGAUGACCACAUUAGCCACUACCCACAGCUAGAGGAUCCCAUGGGCUUCUUGAAUGCAUAUAUGGGCUUCAUCAACUCCUUCUGAGCUGUAAAGAGUAGCUUCCCUGUAUUAAUUACCUCUCCCAUUCUCAUAUUUGUGUGUAUUCCACUUAGAAAUGCCCCAAAGAGGUCCUGGCAAUCAAAUACUAUUCUUUCAUAAAAGUCCAUUUGAUUCACAUUGGUCAGCAAACUAUAGAAAACAGGCAGCAGAAACUCUAAGGAUGGCAUGCUAAUCCAUCUCUCAUUCUCUUAUGGGUGACAAGAUACUCCUCCCCUCAUUCCUGUGACAUCUAACCAAGUGUAUGGAUCUGCUGUUUAGUGUUAUUAGAAAAUUCUGAUGAAUAACACUUCUCAAUUAUGUAGAAAGACAGCAUUGGACAUUGUUUUUCGUAAAAUACUUAAAAAAAAAACCCUAACUUGUGUGGACUUUGCUGAAAUCCUCAGAAAUGCUAACUUCUGGCCCAACCAUAAUUGGAGUCCUGUAGUAAAGAGGGAGGGAGGAGCUUGCUUAUCUCCCCUUCAAGUUCUCUAUACAGCACAGCUUAUGAGAAGGAAUAUCUUGUCAUGCCUUACAUUUAGUUUCAUCAGCUGCUUCUAAUUAUAGACAUUUUGUUGAAACACACAUUGGCUUAGGGGGCUGGUGAUGUAGCUCAGUGGUAGUGUGUCUGCCUAGCAAGCUAAAGCCCUUGGGUUCAAUCCCCAGAACUGCCCCCCCCCCAAAAAAAAAACCUUACCAAACCAAAAUAGACAUCACGAUACAAUGUUCUGAAUAUGCUUUUGAGACUUAUUAGCAUACUCAUGUAUGUAUUUUCUAAGGGUAUUAAGAUGUUGGCCCUUACUUCCUAGAGUAGAGAACCUCAUCACACAUAUAAUUUGUGAAUAAAAAGAUUCAAAUUAUUUACAGAAUUUCCUAAAACCACGAGGUAUUAACCAGUUGUAUCUGUGCCAGAGCUUUAUUGUCACUGGCUAGAAAGUCCAUGCUGAACAGU